ACAAGCCUUCCAUUGCUGCGUGCGUCGCUAGUAUGGACAAAAACGCUUUCCGAUACCGCGCUCGGGUUUCAGUGCAGAUGGACCAAGGUGAAGCGGUGGCCCGAAAGGAAGUAGUGACGGAACUGCAGGACAUGGUAUUCAACCACUUGUCAUUCUACUGUGAACAUCGGAGACGACCACAGAGGAUAAUCGUCUACAGGGAUGGAGUCGGUGAAGGUCAAUUCAAGGAAGUUCAAGCUAAAGAAGUCGAUGCAAUCAAGAAAGCCUGCAAAAGAAUAAGCCCCAAGUACGACCCCCCGGUGACGUUCAUCAUUGUUCAGAAGCGGCACCACACUCGAUUUCUGCCUAUUUUCGAUGAGCAGCCGGUAAAUGUGAACGUCCCGCCAGGGACGACCGUCGAAAACGUGAUCACUCAUCCGGGACACCUCAACUUCUUCCUCUGUAGCCACCAAGGCCUGAUCGGAACGAGCAGGCCCGCUCAUUACCACGUCCUCUGCAAAGAGUCCGCACACACGCUUCAGCAGUUGCAGCACCUCACGUUCGACCUCUGCCAUCUGGUGGCGCGCUGCACCCGCAGCGUGAGCAUUCCGUCACCGGUCUACUAUGCUCACCUUGCUGCCUUCCGGGCCAAGAACCACAUACAAGGCUCCGGUCUCAGUCGUGAGGCGCAUUUAGAAGACUAUAAAGUUGCCGUGAAGGUGCAUGAUAACAUCGUAGACGAGAUGUACUUCGUGUGACCGCUCCGUGAAUGAGGGUGCUUCGAAGGAAAAAAAACUCGUCUGACGCAACGCGCAGAUCUCUGCGUUGAGAAACUUUUAAUGACUGU